GGGGGUUGCUGGGAAGGGAGCUGGCAUUCCUUCCACGCGCGGACAGGCGUCUGUGCAGAAGGACAAGCAGUAGGUGAGCCGGCGGAAUUUCUUCACCUGAACUCUACUAGUAAGCUCUUAUGAUGCAGCUAGAAUCUGUCUUGCACAGUGGCUAUUUCCACCCCGUGCUUCGCUCAUGGCAGACGUCAGCCACCGCUUUUGAUGCCACCAAUCUCAUCUACCCCAUCUUUGUUACGGACAACCCUGAUGCCGUGGAACCCAUUCCCAGUCUGCCUGGCCAGGCCCGGUAUGGAGUCAACAAGCUGGAGGAGAUGCUGCACCCCCUGGUGGCCGAUGGACUGAAGUGCAUUCUGAUAUUUGGUGUCCCAACUAAAGCGACCAAGGAUGAACACGGCUCCACAGCCGAUGCCAAGGACACACCGGCAAUCCAAGCUAUCAAGACAAUCCGGUCGAAAUUCCCAGAGCUGCUGAUAGCCUGUGAUGUCUGCUUGUGCCCAUACACUUCUCAUGGACAUUGUGGCAUCCUUCGGGAAGAUGGCACCCUCCAGAAUGAGGCCAGUUGCCAGAGACUGGCAGAGGUGGCACUGGCCUAUGCUAAGGCAGGAUGCCACAUUGUGGCCCCCUCAGAUAUGAUGGACGGGCGCAUCCACGCAAUAAAGGAGGCCCUGAUCUCCAACGACUUGGGCAACAAGGUUUCGGUGAUGAGCUACAGUGCCAAGUUUGCUUCCUGCUUCUAUGGCCCUUUUAGAGAUGCAGCCUUAUCCAAACCUGCCUUUGGAGAUAGACGAUGUUACCAGCUCCCUCCGGGGGCCCGAGGACUGGCUGUGCGAGCAGUGGACCGGGAUGUACGAGAAGGAGCAGAUAUGCUUAUGGUAAAGCCAGGGAUGCCCUAUCUGGACCUUGUGCGGGAAGUCAAGGAUAAACAUCCCACCCACCCACUGGCAGUUUACCAUGUCUCAGGGGAGUUUGCCAUGUUGUGGCAUGGAGCACAAGCUGGAGCCUUUAACUUGAAGACUGCCGUUUUGGAGGCCAUGACAGGGUUCAGACGAGCAGGGGCUGAUAUCAUCAUUACAUACUACGUGCCUCAGCUCCUGCAGUGGCUUAAAGAAGAUCAGGCAUGAAGUAUGCAUCUCACUCUUUCUCAUAAUGGGAGGACAAGAGCGAGCUUGGGAAGGGACUAGCAACCGUGUGGAUUUUUAGGAGAUCAAGCACAGCUUUCGUGCGUGAACAGUUGCAGCCUGCACACCCUCCUGCCUGAAAUGUCUCUUAGAAAUCAUCAUCAUAAUCUCUCUCGAAGUGUUAUCCUGAGGCCUUUCCCCUCAGAGCUGGUGCUGCACCCUUCUUUCUUUUUUGAGCCAGGACAAUUUCCACAAAAUGUGUGUGUUUAAAAAUGCCACUAGCAAGGAAUGUUUUUCCUACUGCAAAUACCUUUGUGGAGUCAGUGGUUGAUAAACUGAAGUGUUUAUAUAGCAGAAGUAGAUACUGGUAAAAGGUGCUACUCAACUGUGAAGGCCGGACUGAAGCCUUGUGGGAGUACGCCCAACCCCUUUCUCUGUAAUUUCCAAUUUUCGAAUCUAAAGAGUACCAGAGUCUACUAAGGUGUCUACAAAAGAGGCAAAAAGCCCCCUAAACACACACCCCAAGUCACUCACUGAUAUACUCAAGGUAGCAAUAAAGAUAAACUCACCCUGUAAGUUAGGGAUAGUGGUUAUUUUAAGUAUAUAAGCUACAUGGGUUCUAAAGUUGUUACUUCCCUGGUACGGCUUCUGUGUUCUUAAGCAGCAAUAUGACAGAAAGAAAUUCAACUGUUGAGCUUCGUUUAUUGAAAUGAACUUUUUUGCGCACAACGGCUGCCCAAGGAAUGAACUAUGACUUCACCAGUUAAUUGUUAAUUUGUUAAAGUGGACUGCAAAGUGAGGUCAUUCCUUGUCCAGAUGAAGCCACUGUAGACAGGCAAAUGGCCCAUAACUAGGGUUGCCAAUUGACCAGGAAAAAAAGUCUUGGUUUGUCCUUUAACAACAGUUUUAGAAGCAGGAGACUGCAAAUAAAGCUUUUAAUGAUUUGGAAAUAAAUCUUACUACCUAAUAAAGUC